UCAUUUUUAGUUACGUUUGUAGUUCCAUCUGACAUAGACGGUGCGCGCAGUCAACGAUGAGGGUUGAUACGGUUUAAUUCUUCUGCUCACUCUUCCGUUGCGCUACGGCCUUGUCCGGUUCGUUUGUGCUAUCUAUCUUGACGUGGAUAGCUUCGGGGUGAAUAAGAUGAGGACCGGAUAGAUAAGCUUUGAAAUCGCAGUUUUGGCCAGUUGCUACGUUGACGGGAAUCAUAGAGGAAUACCAAUUGUAGCCGAAAAAAAGUUACCAAAAUAAAGUGAUCGACGUGUGAGAUAAUAAUUAUGAGUGGAGGUCGACUUCUGUAGCCAGUAAAAUACAGGAACGCCCAAGCCCAAGACUUCGAACCGAGAUUUAUUUUUAGUUAAUAUUUAACAAAACGAAAUGGAAUUCCUGAAACGAUGUUUCAUCAAGCGUCCAACACCGGAGGAUCUCGCGGAUGGCUUCGAGACAGCUCCCGAGUACACCGCCCGUUGGAAUUCCAUCCGGAUCAUCUAUUACACGACGUUUCUGAUGUCACUUGGCUUCAGCAUAAUCCUGACUGGAGUAUGGCCAUAUCUAGAUAAGUUAGACCCCGAUGCUGGCAAGGAGUUCAUGGGAUGGAUCGUCAGCGCAAACCCGGUAGGGCAGAUGAUCUUCAGCCCCCUGCUCGGCUGGUGGAGUAACAAACUCGGCUCAAUUCGCCUUCCCCUGUUGUGUUCACUAGCACUGUUCUCGAUAGCUAGCGGGAUGUAUUCCACGCUGGAACUGUUCACCUCACAUCACAAGUAUUGGAUGAUGUAUUCGCGCUUCCUGAUUGGCGUGAGUUCUUCAAGUAUUGCCGCAUGUCGUUCGUACCUGUCGGCGGCCACCAAAGUCCGUGAGCGCACGGCAGCUGUUUCGAUGGUGUCGCUGGCCCAGACCCUGGGAUUCAUCGUUGGACCGGCUUUGCAGGGUGUCGUAACUCCCUUGGGUGAUCAGGGAGUUCCGCUGUUCAGAAAUAAACUGCAUCUGAACAUGUACACCGCAACCGGGUGGAUAAACGUUGCGAUGGGAAUUAUGAACUUUUGUCUGUUUUUGCCAUUCUUUUUCAAAGAGAAGCGGAUAGCUGCCAGAGAAGCCAUGGUCCAGCAAGGGAAGCAGAAUGAAAAGGAAACUUGGAAGGCUCUGAAGCCGGACUACGUCUCGGCUUGGUCAUUGAUUUUCGCGUUCUUUAUUUUGGUGUUCAAUUUUGUAUUUUUAGAAACUUUGGCAACGCCGUUAACGAUGGAUAUGUUUGCGUGGACCAAAGCAGAAGCCUUGUACUACAUGGCUUGGGUGAUGGCCGUUGGAGCAAUUGUUGCUUGUGCCACGUUCGUACUUAUUGAACCGUUAUGCAAAAGAUUUCCUGAGCAUAAUGUGCUUCUUUGGGGAGGUUUCUUCCUCAUGGUUUUGGGACGAGCUGUUUAUAUUCCCAUGAGCGACACCCCGCCAAAGCUGGCAGUUCCACUAAACGAAACCAUAUUACAUAAUGCUGAACCGUACGUUUACGCGUCGAACUUCACCGAGGUGUACUCCAAUCUAACGAGGGUCGAGUACGAAGACAUGGCGACAGUGGUGGAAUAUGUCCAAAACGCUGACGUAUUGGGUUGUCCGGUCUCGCAAGAAUGGUGCAAGACAACCAAAGGCAUGACCAUCAGCCAGUUUCUGAUAGGCUACGCAUUCACGGCAAUCGGUUAUCCGAUCGGAGUAACUUUGAUAACAACAAUAUUUUCAAAGAUACUCGGCCCAAGACCUCAGGGCACUUGGAUGGGCAUUAUGACCGGUUCUGGGUGCAUGUCGCGAGCCUUAGGACCAGUAUUUUUGUCAACUAUCUAUACCAAACUGGGACUGUAUUGGACGUUCGGAUCAACGGCAGUGAUGAUGGCAGCCACAAUACUGUGGCUAUGGUUGGUGAGGGAUCGUCUGAUACCGCCGGAGUAUGAGAAUCCCAAUUCGGGUCAAGAACUUCAAACGGUUACCAGUAAAAAGGAUGCCAAUGUGGCGGACCCCUCGGAGCUCGAGAAGCUGAAUGGUAGCAAUUCGCAGGUUAUAGAGCGGCCAGAUCAGCCGGACCCACCUAGUUGAGUCUGAUAUUCGUAGCGAUUAGGUUUAGAUUAAGCGACUGUAUCGACAAAUGUUUUGCAACAAAACUGAGACGUAUGGAGAUCCUUUUAUAUAUGUAUAUUGAUUUCAUUAGGUAUUGAAAUGUAUAUGCAGUUAAAAUAGAUGUGAUACUUACACAAAGACAUCCUCCAAAGUUAGUUCAAAUAUAAUUUCUACGGUGUGGACUUCCUA